AAAUCUCUCAUUGUAAAUAAACUUGACCAUGCUGUUUAGAACGUGGAAAUCGCAUCUCACGGUUUUUGAAGUUUUAUGAGAGUGUUCGGUCGUAAAUAUUGUAUGUACUAUAAUAUAAAGAUAAAGAUGAAUAUUAUUUCUGAAGAUGAAUCGACAGCAAUCCUGCCGUGCACUAAGGCACGCAGCUCUCCUUCUCCUGGCUCUUCGCCACCUCCUAAUAAGCGAUGCUUAAAAGAGGAUGAUGUCUUCAUGGAAAGAGCCUUCAAACAAGCCCGACUCGCCUUGUCAGAAGGCGAGGUUCCCGUAGGUUGUGUGUUCGUCCAAGACGAUCAGCACGUGAUUUGCGAAGGCAGAAAUGCAACCAACAACAAAUUGACUGGAGAAGCACACGCCGAAAUCAAGUGCAUAGACCAAAUUCUGGCACUAAAUUCUAAAACCGACUGGAGCCGAGUGAGCCUCUAUGUGACUGUUGAACCCUGCAUCAUGUGUGCAGCAGCCCUGAAAAUGCUAGGUGUUGGAAAAAUUGUGUUUGGGUGCCAUAACCCAAGGUUUGGAGGGAUGGGCACAGUGCUUGACGCUAUGAGUGUGGCUUGCUCUUGUCGAAGUCCCUACAUAAGGUCUGACGUUCGCUCAGAAGAAGCUGUUGAACUCUUAAAAGAAUUUUAUGCUGGAACAAAUCCAUCUGCUCCGGAAGAUAAAGUUAAGAAGAAAAAGAGAGUAGAGCACAGAUGAUUGAAAGAAACUAUAAUUCUUCCUGAACUACACUCUUAAUUUUACUUAUUACAUUUAAACAAAUUUCAGAAAUAAAAGUUACACUAAUCCACAAUUUUCAUUGGGUUAAAUUAAG